UCUCCGUCGUCUCAUUAACCUCCAAUCCUUCCAAAAAAUGGUACUACCCUUGUUCGCACAAUUUAUAAACCCUGGCCUACGCACCAUGAAUCCCUCGUAGAAUCCUCCGUCCUCCUUCCCUCAUGGCCAAAUCCGCUCUCCUCCUCUUUCUCCUCUCCCUCCUCCUCCUCUCCGCCGCCUCCGUCUCCGCCCACGGCGGCGAUCACGACUCCGACGCCGACGCCGACUCCGGCGAUGGGGACUCGCCUAAUCUUCGUUCCAAAUCUCUUAUCCUCGUCAAAGUUUGGUGCUUGAUACUGAUCUUCGUCGGGACCUUCAUUGGAGGCGUAUCCCCUUACUUCUUUAAGUGGAAUGAGGGGUUUCUGGCGCUCGGGACGCAGUUCGCCGGGGGAGUGUUCUUGGGGACGGCCCUCAUGCAUUUCCUCAGCGAUGCCAACGAGACUUUCGAGGAUCUCACGGAGAAGGAUUACCCUUUUGCUUUUAUGCUCGCCAGCGCCGGGUAUGUGAUCACAAUGUUCGCAGACUGUGUGAUUUCGAUGGUGGUGGCCAGGGGGAGGAGCCUCCGAGAUGUGGAAGGAGGAGCAACGGAUGGAUAUGGAGGGAAAUUUCAAGAGAGCAAAGUCGGCAGCAACGGUGGAGGCUCACAAUUACAACCAGAGGUUGAGAGCACUAGCGGCCAUCAAUCUCUAGCAUCUAUGCUUCAUGAUGCUGAUUCACUCGGAGAUAGCAUUUUGCUGAUUGUGGCCUUGUGUUUCCAUUCUGUGUUUGAAGGCAUUGCAAUUGGAGUUGCAGAGAACAAAGCUGAUGCAUGGAAAGCCCUGUGGACUAUCAGCCUGCACAAAAUAUUCGCAGCCAUUGCCAUGGGGAUUGCACUCCUACGAAUAAUCCCAAACCGACCGCUCCUAUCCUGUGUGGCCUAUGCCUUUGCUUUUGCUAUCUCGAGCCCCAUUGGAGUAGCCAUCGGAAUAAUAAUAGAUGCAACAACAGAGGGUAGGGUGGCUGACUGGAUAUUUGCCAUCUCGAUGGGUCUUGCUUGUGGGAUCUUCAUAUAUGUUUCCAUAAACCAUCUUUUUGCCAAAGGCUACAAGCCACAGCGACCCAUUGCAGUUGACACACCCAUGUAUAGAUGGUUCUCUGUUGUAUUUGGGGUUGGGGUGAUUGCAGUUGUGAUGAUAUGGGACACAUGAGGUGUGAGAAGUGAAAAAGCCAUGAGUAAGAAAUCAAGUGCAAAAUGUCUAGGGAGUCAACCCUAUCAUGUUACGAAUUUGAGUCUUCCUCUCACGGCAGAAUACUAUAAAUGACUCUUUCUGGUGGCAGGAAUAUUGUAUGUAUUUUUGCUCCAAGUUUUUAAAGAGACACCAUUUUAUCUCGCUGAAUUAUUAUUUUCUGAGAA